AUGGUCGACUCAACUGCGGGACAUGAAUUACUGACGUUUCUCGACGCCUCAAGCGGUUUUAACCAAAUUCAAAUGGAUCCCUCGGAUGCAGAAAAAACAGCUUUUGUUACUGAAAGGGGAAUUUACUGCUAUCUAGCCAUGCCGUUCGGAUUAAGAAAUGCAAGUGCAACACUCCAGAGACUCGUUAACAAAAUGUUCAAAGAGCAAAUCGGGAAAACUAUGGAAGUGUACAUUGACGAUAUGGUGGUGAAAUCCCUGAAUGCAGAAGAUCAUGUCAAACAUCUUGAGGAAGUGUUCGACAUACAAAGAAGCUACAACAUGAAGCUCAAUCCCUCCAAGUGCAAUUUUGCCGUCUCAUCGGGUAAAUUUCUAGGCCAUAUGGUGACACGCAGGGGCAUAGAAGCAAGUCCGGAACAAAUCAAAGCCAUCAUCAAGCUCACAAGCCCAACCAACAUGAAGGACGUUCAAAAACUGACGGGAAGAGUAGCGGCACUGAACGGAUUCAUAUCAAGAUCAUCGGAUAGGUGCAGGUUGUUUUACAAUGUUCUGAGAAAGAAUAAGGGAUUUGAAUGGACCAAUGAACAUGAAGCUGCUCUCUCUGAAUUCAAGCACUACCUGACAUCACCACCACUCCUGGCAAAACCAGAAAAAGGAGAGGACUUGUACGUAUAUCUGUCGGUUACAAACCACGCAGUCAGCAGUGUUCUAGUCAAAGAGGCAAAUGGGGUGCAAUCUCCAAUUUAUUACGCCAGCAAGAGUCUAAUUGAAGCUGAAAGCAGGUAUACGCCUCUUGAAAAAUUAGUUCUUGCACUCACUAUGACGUCAACAAAACUGCGACACUAUUUUGAAACACAUAAGAUACAUGUCAUGACAAAUUUCUUUUUAAGGAUGGUGCUGAGCAAGCCAGAACUCACCGGACGGAUGUCAAAAUGGGCAAUCCGACUGAGUACGUAUGACAUAGUCUACAAGCCCAGAACAGCCAUCAAGUCGCAAGCACUGGCUGAUUUUGUGGCAGAUUUCAGCCCUAAUCAAAUGAUGCAAGCAGAACAAGAACUCCAGCACCUGACAUCGACUGCAAACUCUCAACCAUGGACGCUCUACACUAACGGAGCAUCCAACGUGAACGGCACGGGGCUGGGAUUAGUGCUGCAAUCACAACAAGGGGACAGGAUAGCUUACUCAGUGUGUUGCGACUUCAAGGCUACGAAUAAUGAAGCCGAAUACGAGGCCUUGAUAGUAGGUUUGACCACUGCAAAAGACAUCAAGGUUAAAAACAUUAACGUACAUUGUGAUUCUCUCCUGAUUGUUAAUCAUGUUAACGGCUCCUAUGAAGCAAAAGAUCAUAAAAUGCUUACGUACCUUGACAUAAUGAAAAAAUUACAGCUAUCAUUUGACACGUUUACUAUCCAACAGGUUCCAAGGGAGCUCAACACACAAGCCGAUGCACUGGCAGGCUUGGGGGCUGUUUUCAGAAGCACUGGUAUGUCAAACAUCCCCAUCAUACACAUAACGCAACCUGCAAUCUUACGACUGCAAAAUGAGUCACCAACAUCUAUUUUUAACACUCAUAUCAAAGAAAAUGUUGAUGACUGGAUGCAAGUCUAUACGGACUACCUGAAGCAUGGUGUUCUGCCUACAGACCGCAAUGAGGCAAGAGCCAUACGCAUGAAGGUUUCACGAUUCUCUCUGAUAGAUGACGUGUUGUUCAAAAAAUCCACCACAGGAUUACUACAAAGGUGCCUAAACUCAAAAGAAGCUGCUCUAACCCUACUUGAUUUGCAUCAAGGUGAAUGCGGGAACCACUCUGGUGCAAGAAGCCUAUCUAACAAAGUCUUACGUAUGGGAUAUUACUGGCCGACAUUAAAACAUGAUGCGAUGGAAUUUGUUCAGAAAUGUGACGCGUGUCAACGCCAUGCUCCCACCAUGCAUCAACCACCAGAAUACCUCCACGCGACAGUCCCCUCUUGGCCCUUCAUGAAGUGGGGGCAUGGACAUAGUUGGCAAGAUGCCACCGGCACCAGGACAGAAAAUAUUGUAUGCGACAAUGGCUCACAGUUUAUAAGCGAGAAGACAGAAACUUUCUGCAAGAAAUACAACAUCAGCCUAGUGAAAUCAACACCCAGAUACCCACAGUCCAAUGGUCAAGCUGAAUCUAGCAACAAAAUUAUCAUGAACAACCUGAAGAAGAGGCUCACCACUCACAAGGGAAAAUGGGCUGAGGAACUGCCUUGGGUCUUAUGGGCGGACAGAACAACGGUUAAGACGUCAACGGGUCAGACACCAUUCAGCCUGGUCUACGGCACUGAAGCCGUCCUACCUACAGAAGUCUGGACACCAACAGCACGAUAUGGGCUACAGACGUAUGGCUCAAACCAAGCUGAGCUAGCACAUGAUCUGGACACUGUUGACGAGCUGAGAGAAAUGGGAAAGAUACAGCUUGCAUCAUAUCAACAGAGAGUAGCGCGGAGCUAUAACAAGCACGUUCACAUCCGUGUGUUCCGUGUUGGAGACAUGGUAUUAAGGAAAAUUUUUUAG